AUGACCUCUCCACCCACAGACCCCGCCUCCGCAAACCCCAAAGCCAAGAACAUCCCCAACCCACGACGCCUCCUAAUCCUCACACCAACCUCCCACUCCCUCUCAAUCAUCCCACCACUCCUGCACUCUCUAACCGGCGUCCCCGUCCUCGACCCGCCUCAACAACCAACAGCCCCACCCCAAUCCGAAUCAACAGACCAAACGCCAACAACCACCUUCGCCGGCUACACAACCCACAGCCCCCUCCGCCUCUCAACAAAAUACUACACAACCGAAGUCCCCGUCUGGGUUGACGAGAUCCCCCUCGAGAACCAGCAUGCAGAUACCCCUUCCGCUCCAACAGCCGAGCAAUGGAAAACAGAAUUCCUAAGCGCAGACGCCGAAAUCGUCCGUGAAGCCGUGGGUGCUCUGGUAGUCUGCGCGCAUAACCCAAGCGAUGCACCCUCCCCACCGCCCGGUAGUGAGGAUGUAGACCCCACGCAGCGGGGUGAUGUGCGCGCGCUGCGGGAUCUCAUGCGCGGCGUCGGCGCCGUCAAGGAGAGGAUUGAUGAGGAGCGCGGUGGGGUCGGGGAUGUGCCGGGGGUUUUGGUCUUGGUAGGGGGAAGGAAGGGGAUUGCUGGUCAACAGAUGUCAGAGGGUUCGAGUGCAGGGUUGGGGCUUGGUGUUGAUGAUGAGGAUCUUGGUGGGAAUGAGGCGCCGUUUUCGGUUGCGUGGUGGGAGGAUCAACUUUUUGAUAUGGGGUUGUUGGGGUGGGAGGUUGUUGAGUGGGAUCCGAAGGAGGUUAUGGAGGUUGAGACACGGAAUCAGUAUGGAGAACGUGAGGGUAUGCCUCGCAUCAGGGAGGUUCUUGAAACGCAUGAUUGGUCUAUGACUAGUGGUGCCUCUGGUCUUGGGGAUGAUUCUGGUGUGGAUUCGGAGGAUGAUCUUGAAGAUCAGUUAUUAGGUAUGAGUAGCUCGCGUGGGUUUGGUGAUGAAGUCUCCGAAUUGGAGCGCGAGAUGUUCGGUUUGCGAAUGGCUAUUGAGCGUGGAGGCGGGGAUGGUGAUGAAGAAGACCUUGGUCAUGAUGAUGCCGAGGAUGAGAUUGAUGUUGAGAGUAUGGAGGCGUUGAUGAUGCGCAUGCAGGCUAUCAAAGAUAUGAGCUCUGAGCUACCAGAAGGAGAGCGCAGACGGUUCGCUGCGAAGGCUGUGCAGGAUAUUAUGCGCGAUCUCUGA